AUGCCUGAGAUCAUUGAUGACAAGUCGGAGCAUUGCAUUCCCUUCAUACUUGAGCGCUUGCAGGAACAUCGUCAGCAGUAUAAGAGCAAGGGCCAAACCCCACCACCGUUCUUCUUAGGACUGAACGGCGUGCAAGGUGCGGGCAAGACCACAUUGGUCGAGCAGCUAUGCAAAACACUUCGAUCUCCACCACAUAACCUACCGACUGUCGUACUAUCGAUCGAUGACUUGUACCUCCCACACGACAAGCAAGAGGCUUUAGCAAAGUCGCAUCCCGAUCACCCUCUCGUGCAGCACAGAGGCGUCCCUUCCACCCAUGAUGUCAAGACAGGAAUCGAAGUAUUCGAAGCAAUAGCGAAUCGAAAGCAGAACAUCAAGAUACCCAGCUAUGACAAGUCGCAAUACAACGGUGCAGGAGAUCGCAAGCCCGAGUCGCAAUGGGAGACCGUCAAUGUGACUGGCGAACGACCAAUAGAAAUGGUAGUCUUCGAAGGCUGGUGCGUCGGCUUCAGAGCACUGAGCGAUGAAGAAGUCGAAGGAAAAUGGCACGAAGCCAAAGCGGAAGCCGAGAAGGAUGGCAGCAUAUACCAAGGACGGCUGGGAAAGCUGCAGCUAGAGGAUGUCCUCUUCAUCAACAGCAAGCUGAGGGAGUACGACGCCUUGACAGAUCGGUUCGGGGCGUUUAUGCACAUUGAUGCCGAGGACACGCUAUAUGUGUACCACUGGCGUGAACAGCAGGAAGCUGCCAUGCGUGCAGAGAAAGGCACCGGUAUGAGCGAGGAGCAGGUGACCAAUUUCGUGAAUGGCUACUUCCCCUGCUAUGAGCUUUUCACGGAUGUAUUGCGCAGUGGUAUCUUUGCUGGAGAGCCUGGGAAGCAAGCUGGUGCUCUUGAUGUCUUCCAACUAGCCGUGUACCGGCGUCGGUCUUGCAGCACGCCAUUCUGCUGGAGAACUCGAUCUGGCCCCACAUUUAGGGCCAGUCAUCGGCACUGCUGCUCCGACAUGUUCCUCGAAAACAUUCCCCGUUCACAUCACCUUCAUCUUUACACCCACACCGACAAAGUCCCUCCCGCCUGGACUUUGCCCAUCAUUCUACCCAGUUCACCCGCAAUGUCCGCCAACGACAUUCCCAAUGGCAUUGGCAAGGCCAUAAAGCACCUUGACCUCGACGGCCACGACCUGCCACCCUCGCCUGCCCCAUCGAGCCCUUCCAACGGUCGCAAGUAUGCUCUCGCUACCGAGCUGGUCUACACUGAGAGCAACGACCAGUACAACUCGAGCAGCGUGCCCAUCUACCAGUCAGCCACGUUCAAGGGCGGCCCAGGACAAGAGUACGAUUACACUCGCAGUGGCAACCCCACGAGGACGCACCUCGAGAGACACCUUGCCAAGAUCAUGAGUGCCAACCGUGCCCUCGUCACAGGAUCGGGGAUGGGCGCCUUGGACGUCAUCACGCGAGUGCUCAAGCCUGGCGACGAGGUAGUCACGGGCGAUGAUCUGUAUGGCGGCACCAACAGACUGCUCACAUACUUGAAAGAGAAUGGCGGCAUCAUCGUACACCAUAUCGAUACCACGAAAUUGGGCGUCGUAAAGGCGACCGUUUCGGAGAAGACGGCCAUGGUUCUGCUGGAAACACCGACCAACCCUCUCAUCAAGAUUGUGGAUGUGGCAGGUAUUGCGACGAGUGCGCAUGACAUCAAUCCGAAGGCUAUUGUUGCGGUUGAUAACACCAUGCUUUCGCCCUACCUCUCCAACCCGCUCGAUCUUGGCGCGGACGUUGUCUACGAAUCUGGCACGAAAUACCUCAGCGGGCAUCACGAUGUCAUGGCCGGUGUGAUUGGUGUCAAUGACGUUGCCUUGGGCGAGAAGUUCUUCUUCAUGAUCAACUCCACUGGUUGUGGUCUCGCACCAUUCGACAGCUGGCUUCUGCUUCGUGGUAUCAAAACUCUUGCCAUUCGCAUGGAGAAGCAGCAAGCCAACACACAAGCUAUCGCCGAGUUCCUCGAGAACCACGGUUUCAAGGUCCGCUACCCCGGCUUGAAAUCCCACCCACAGUACAAGCUCCACUGGUCGCAAGCCCGUGGUGCAGGUGCUGUACUCUCUUUCGAGACCGGAUCUAUCAACCUGUCGGAACGCAUUGUGGAGUCAACUAAGCUCUUUGGCAUCUCUGUUUCCUUUGGCUGCGUCAACUCGCUCAUCUCCAUGCCUUGCCGCAUGAGUCACGCAAGCAUCGACCCAGCUGUCCGAAAGGAGCGAGCCAUGCCGGAGGAUAUCAUCAGACUAUGUAUUGGUAUUGAGGAUUUGGAUGAUCUGAAAGACGAUCUAUCUCAGGCGUUAGUUAGAGCGGGAGCAGUCAAGCUCACGGAAAAUGGAUUCACGGCGUGGUCUGAGCAGGAAACUGCUGGCGAGAGUGGUCGCACGACUCAAGUCGUGGACGAGCCUUGA